UCCUGGCCAUUCAACGCCCCCGUGGACCUGCGCCAGUACCCCGACUACGCGGAGACGGUAUCCCGCCCCAUGGACUUUGGCACCAUCAAGCGCCGCAUCGACGUGGGGCUGUACCGCCACCCAGACGAGUUCCUGUCCGACGUGCGCCUCGUGUUUGACAACGCCCGCCUCUACAACAAGCCCGGCAGCGACGUGCACGUCAUGGCAAACACGCUGCAGGUGGGGGCGAGGGUGGCAGGGGUGGGUGGGUGGGUGGGUGGGGGCUAG